GGAAAGAAAAAAAAAAAACAAUCAAAAAUCCCCAAAUCGAGCGAGUCCAAAGAAGAAAAUCCCCAAUUCGACGAACCCCUAACUAAGCCCAGAAAAAUCCCCCCCCCCCCGAUUUGGGAAAAACCUGAAAACUGAUUCGCUUUUAAAUUACAUCUCAUCUGUCUUUCUGGGAAUUUUGUCAAACCCUGCUCUUUGAUUGAUCCUAAACUUUCUAAACUUGGCUUUGGUUUUUUUGAGUUCACACGUGCCGCAUCGGCUGUUCACCGACUUUGUUUCAUUGCGUACACACUCGAUCAUCAAACCGGACAUUCAACUCUGUGCUAAUCAGGAGAUGAAAUUUGGAGACUUGUGGUGGAGGGGAAAGUUAUGCUGUGCUUGUUACUGUUAGUUACGAGAAGAACUAGGACAAGGCGACGAAGACUCAAGAUUUAAACCAAAUGAAUGUUCAGGCACACAUGUCGGGACAGCUAUCAGGUCAGGUUCCUAACCAAGGGACCAUGUCCCAGCAGAAUGGGAACCCUCAGAUGCAGAAUUUAGUUGGUGGUGGUUCAGCUCCUGCUCCUCCUGCUGGUUUAGGACCUUCACGUGUUUCUCCCGUUGACAGUGACAUCAUAAAACUUCGCCAGGCCAUGCGUAUCAGGAUUUUCAACAUUUUCCAGCAAAAGCAACCAUCUCCAGCUGAUGAUGCAUCAAAGGCAAAGUAUAUGGACGUUGCUAGACGCUUAGAGGAGGGGCUGUUUAAAAUUGCUAACUCAAAGGAAGAUUACAUGAACCAGUCAACCCUUGAGCCUCGGCUGGCAAGUCUAAUCAAAGGCAGACAGUUGAAUAACUACAAUCAGCGACACACUAAUUCGUCUUCGGUUGGAACAAUGAUACCCACUCCAGGAUUACAACACAUUGGGGGGAAUCCAAAUUUGAUGAUUACAUCCUCCGUUGAUGCUACUAUGGCUGGAAGUAGUAACAUCACAACUACUAACAUGAACACUGGAAACCUGCUAAAUUCUGGUGGUAAUAUGUCUAAUGGAUACCAGCAUUCGUCGAGUAACUUUGGUCUUGGUUCUGGAGGGAACAUGUCAUCUAUGAGCUCUCAAAGAAAUACUGGUCAGAUGAUGCCUACCCCUGGAUUUGUCAACAGUAUUACUAAUAACAAUAGCAAUAAUGGCCAGUCGUAUAUGAGUGUUGAAGCUUCCAACAACAGUGGUGGAUUUUCUUCUGCGCCCAUGAUGGUACCUCAGCCUCAGCAGCAGCAACAGCAACAACAACAGCAACUGAGGCAGGAUAUUGGUGGCCAAAAUAGUCGUAUGCUACAGAACCAUGGAAGUCAAAUGGGUGUUGGCCUUAGACCUGGAAUGCAACAAAAAAUGUCAAAUGUGUCUAACAGCUCCAUAAAUGGUGGUGUUGGGAUGAAUGCAAAAAGCGUAGAUUCAGGUACAUCGUACACCAAUUCUACCAGAAGUUCGCAGCAGGCAUAUGAUAACCUUCAGCGUUCAGGAAUGCAGGGUGAAGGAUUUGGCACAAACAAUUCUGACCCUUUUGGAUCGGGAAAUUUGUAUGGUGCUGUAACAUCUGUUGGAAUGAUGACCAAUUCUCAGAAUGCCAAUACAGCAAAUUUCCAGUCUGUGUCUAGAACUAGCUCUUCUUUGUCACAUCAACAGCAGCAGUUUCAGCAACAGCCUAAUCGGUUUCAGCAACAACCUAAUCAGUUUCACCAACAGCAGCAACAGUUUCUUCAUCAACGGCAAUUAAAGCAGCAGAGCCAGCAGCAACAGAGAUUUAUAAGUCAUGAUGCUUUUGGGCAAAAUCGUGUGGCUCCUGACAUGGUUACACACGUUAAACACGAACCAGGAAUUGAGAACCCUAGCGAUCAGAGUGAUAUGAGCACAUCAGUUCCUCAAAAUAGCCAACAGAUACAGCAAAUGUUGCAUCCGCAGAGUAUGGCUUCAGACUCUAUUAACGGUUUUAGCAACCUCUCUGUUGGAGUGAAAUCAGAAUCUGGGCUGCGUGGUCAGUGGCAAUCUCAGUCACAGGAACAGACGCAAAUGUCUAAUAGUAUGUUAAACGAACGGCACAUUCAGGAGGACUUUCGUCAAAGAAUGUCAGGAACGGAUGAAGCUCAGCCCAAUAAUAUGUCUGGAGGGUCGAUUAUAGGUCAAAACCAUAUCUCCACUACAUCAGAAUCCCCUAAUCCCCAAAAUCCCACUGGUACCACUUGUAGAUAUGGAAACGGAAACCAAGAUCCGAGAUUCAGAAAUCAACAGAAAUGGCUACUGUUUUUACGCCAUGCUCGCAACUGCAAAGCGCCUGAAGGGAAGUGUCCUGAUCGGAAUUGUGUUACGGUUCAGAAGCUCUGGAAACNUUGUUUGUCUCCCUGGGUCCAAUGUGAUAAAUGUGAGGCCUGGCAACAUCAGAUAUGUGCUUUAUUUAAUGGGAGAAGGAAUGACGGAGGGCAGGCUGAGAAAGAACAGANUUUAAAAAAUGAAACUGAUGCAGCCAGGCCAGUGAAUGGAGGUGAAAUAUCAAAUGAUGCAGUGCAGACCUCUGCUGGAACAAUAUCAUGUGCUUCGCCUGGUGCUGAUAUUUCAGAUCAUUUGCAACCUUCAUUAAAACGGUUGAAAGUGGAGCAGUCUUCUCAACAUGUGGACGUUGAGACAGAAAGUUGUAAAAGCUCAGUUGUUUCCGUAACAGAAGCACAAUCAUCUCAGUAUGUUGAAAGGAAAGAUCAUAGGCACAGUGAUGUACGUGCAUCUUCAAAGUAUUUUGAAGUGAAAGCUGAGGUUUCUGAAGUUUCUGCGCAGACACGAACCAGUUUCAAAGAGGAGAAAAUUGGAAUUACUGAAAAUAUUGCCAAGCAAAGGCCUGUCAGUGAACCUGUUAAACAUGAUUUGUCUGAUGCCUCACCUCGGCUAGAGAAUACGAAAAUGGAGAAAGAACCUGAGCUACUUAAGAAAGAAAAUCUUCCAGAGCCUACUGAACAUACAACAAAAUCUGGAAAACCAGAGAUAAAGGGUGUUUCGUUAACUGAAUUGUUCACUCCUGAACAAGUCAGGGAACAUAUUCGUGGUCUCCGUCAGUGGGUUGGCCAGAGUAAAGCCAAAGCAGAAAAAAACCAGGCAAUGGAGCAUUCAAUGAGUGAGAAUUCCUGCCAACUAUGUGCAGUGGAGAAGCUUACCUUUGAGCCACCACCUAUCUAUUGUACCCCUUGUGGUGCCCGCAUCAAGAGAAAUGCUAUGUAUUACACUGUAGGAGCUGGUGACACUCGUCAUUACUUUUGUAUUCCAUGUUAUAAUGAAUCCCGUGGGGAUACUAUACUUGCUGAAGGGACGCCUAUACCUAAGGCAAGACUCGAGAAAAAGAAAAAUGAUGAAGAGACUGAAGAAUGGUGGGUCCAAUGUGAUAAAUGUGAGGCCUGGCAACAUCAGAUAUGUGCUUUAUUUAAUGGGAGAAGGAAUGACGGAGGGCAGGCUGAGUAUACCUGUCCAUAUUGCUUUAUAGCAGAAGUGGAGCAAAGUAAGAGGAAGCCUUUACCUCAGAGUGCUGUUCUUGGAGCUAAAGACCUACCGCGAACAAUUCUCAGUGACCAUAUAGAGCAGCGGUUGUUUAAGAGGCUGAAGCAGGAAAGAACAGAUAGAGCCAGGGCUCAAGGAAAAAGUUUUGAUGAGAUUCCUACUGCCGAGUCCCUUGUGAUUCGAGUUGUUUCAUCUGUUGACAAGAAGCUGGAAGUCAAACCUCGAUUUCUUGAAAUUUUUCGGGAGGAUAAUUACCCAACAGAAUUUGCGUACAAGUCCAAGGUAGUUCUGUUGUUCCAAAAGAUUGAAGGUGUGGAAGUAUGCUUAUUUGGGAUGUACGUCCAAGAAUUUGGUUCUGAAUGCGCUUUUCCUAAUCAACGCCGAGUUUAUCUCUCGUAUUUGGAUUCUGUCAAGUACUUCAGACCGGAGGUCAGAUCUUAUAAUGGAGAGGCUCUGCGUACUUUUGUUUACCACGAAAUUCUGAUCGGGUACCUAGAAUACUGCAAGUUGCGUGGUUUCACGAGCUGCUACAUAUGGGCUUGUCCGCCGCUGAAGGGCGAAGACUAUAUCUUGUAUUGUCAUCCAGAAAUUCAGAAGACGCCAAAAUCUGAUAAACUACGAGAGUGGUACCUAGCAAUGUUGAGAAAAGCUUCAAAGGAAGGGAUUGUUGCAGAGACUAUAAAUCUCUAUGACCAUUUUUUUAUGCAAACUGGUGAAUGUAAAGCUAAGGUUACAGCAGCCAGACUCCCGUAUUUCGAUGGUGACUACUGGCCAGGUGCAGCAGAGGAUCUUAUAUACCAAAUGAGUCAAGAAGAAGAUGGCAGAAAGGGAAAUAAGAAAGGGAUGCUCAAGAAAACCAUUACCAAAAGGGCGCUAAAAGCUUCUGGGCAGACUGAUCUUUCUGGGAAUGCGUCCAAGGAUCUGCUGCUAAUGCAUAAACUCGGUGAGACCAUUCACCCAAUGAAGGAAGACUUUAUCAUGGUCCACUUGCAGCCUUCUUGCACUCAUUGCUGUAUGCUGAUGGUAUCAGGAAAUCGUUGGGUCUGCAGCCAGUGCAAACACUUCCAGAUUUGUGAUAAGUGUUAUGAGGCUGAGCAGAGACGUGAAGACAGGGAAAGGCAUCCUGUUAAUUUUAAGGAUAAGCAUGCGUUGUAUCCUGUCGAAAUUACAGAUAUCCCUUCAGAUACGCGGGACAAAGAUGAGAUACUCGAAAGCGAGUUUUUCGACACUAGGCAAGCAUUUCUGAGUCUUUGUCAAGGUAACCAUUACCAGUAUGAUACAUUAAGGCGGGCAAAACAUUCGUCGAUGAUGGUUCUUUACCAUCUACAUAACCCAACCGCUCCUGCGUUUGUCACGACCUGCAAUGCUUGUCAUCUUGACAUUGAAACUGGUCAAGGCUGGCGCUGUGAAGUAUGUCCAGACUACGAUGUGUGCAAUUCUUGUUACAGUAGAGAUGGUGGAGUUAAUCAUCCUCACAAGUUGACUAAUCAUCCAUCUUUAGCUGAUCAAAAUGCUCAAAACAAAGAAGCGAGGCAAUUGCGAGUCUUGCAGCUUAGGAAAAUGCUUGAUCUUCUUGUACAUGCAUCACAAUGUCGUUCGCCACAGUGUCAAUAUCCUAAUUGCCGGAAAGUGAAGGGGCUAUUCCGACAUGGUAUACAGUGCAAAGUACGUGCUUCGGGAGGUUGUGUUCUAUGCAAGAAAAUGUGGUAUCUCCUUCAACUCCACGCUCGGGCCUGCAAGGAAUCAGAGUGCCAUGUACCUCGUUGCAGGGACCUGAAGGAGCAUCUGAGAAGAUUACAGCAGCAAUCAGAUUCACGGCGUAGAGCAGCUGUAAUGGAAAUGAUGAGACAAAGAGCUGCAGAAGUCGCUGGGGGAUCAGGUUAAUCAAAACUUGUACAUGUAGAAAGAUCAUAAUCAACGUUGCAGAAACCUUCACCCUUUUCCCAAAGGUAACAACAAGAAAGAUAUAGAGCCGAAAAUCUUCAUACGCCUCGUGGAAGAAGAAAAAGAAGAAGAGUCACUUAGAGAGAGACUUGAUUGUGAAAUUAGCUUAGAUUUUGGUAUUUAACAGUCAACUGUCAGCAGGGAUUAACAUGGGAGCGUAAAACCAAGAACGCGUCUUUCAGAAGAUUUAUCAGUUAGUUUGGGUGUCAAAGAGGCAGAAGGAGAGAAGAAGAAGAAGAGGAAAGCCAGUCUUCUUCAUAAGAGUGUUGAGUAUAAGGUAUGAGGUGGCUUGGUUGGAUGAUCUUCUGAUUCUAUACAUACACACGCACACACACUUGCUCACUUUUUUUUUGUUUGUUUUGGUAAUUUAUUGUGUUUUUGUAAAAUUGCCAUUUCUGAUUUGGGAAUGGCAAGAGUGUAGCAUAUACAGUACGUUAACGUGUUUAUUUUUUGUAAGCAAAGUAAAGAUAAGAUAGAGAGUCUUGUCCUUAGAUUAUAUCUUCCACUCCCUUGUUUUUUUAGUUAUUUGUAUUGAUGAUGAUGAAACUGUUGUAUUCACACUAUUUGAUCAUAUAAUAAUUUAGUUCUUUCAUUA